CUCAAGACAACUUGCAAAAUAUGCUUUGCAAACCACUACCGUUCAUUCAAAACACGCAGAGUGCAAUGAGAGUGCUAGCAUAGAGGCACACAUACUGCAAAAACCGUUAACAAGUUACAGCAUAGCUAACCCUGCCGACGAGAUGUGCUCACAAGAAGUGGGUAUUCAGAUGUCUUCGAAAAUACUGAAAGGAAAUUCAAGAAUUCGAGGCUUUCCAAUUAAUAUGUAUAACACUCAUUAUCACAAAUACGGUGAUGUCCAGGACUUACUGCGCGAGUAUGUUGUCAUCAAAACACUCAGUCAGGGUAGUACCGCUGAAGUGUUCUUAGCCAAGGAAAGGGCUACAGGCGCCUUAAUGGUUGUGAAAGAACAAAGAUUGGAAAAGUCGGACAUCGCCUUCGUCGACCGAGAAGCCAUGUUACACAGUCGGUUGCACCAUCCUAAUAUCGUAGCCUUGUACGAAACUGCCAAGAAUAAUGAGGUCAUGGUCUUAUUACAGGAAUAUAUGGGGGGAGGUGAGCUGUAUAGUGCGGUCAUUCCAAAUAUAGGGGCACAUCCCAUGCGCGUGCGCCAUUAUUUUACACAGCUGGUGUCUGCAAUUAGAUAUAUGCAUGACGUAGGGGUGGCCCAUCGAGACAUCAAGCUGGAGAAUGUAUGUCUGGAUUCGAGUAAGAAGACAGCAAAGCUAGUCGACUUUGGACUGUCUGAGUGCGUGAAUGAACGACCCGGUGCUCUUUAUAAGCGACAUGUGGGUACAAUUCCCUACAUGGCCGCAGAACUAUGGUACAAUCAAGAUGCCACGUACGUUGAAGUGGAUAUCAAGGCUACAGAUGUGUGGGCGUUGGGCGUGUUGCUUUUCUGCUUGCUUGUUGGUCGCUUCCCUUGGGGAGAAGCCUCGCAUCGUAGUAAAGAGUACCAAAUGUAUUUGCGCCAUGACUUCACACAGCAGCCCUGGAGAACCAUUCCCGAUACACAAUCCACGCUUUUAAUACACAUGCUGGACGUCAAUCCUGCGAGGAGAUGGACCAGUGCCCAGGUGGAGCGUUACAUCUACACACAUUGGGCGGUUGUAGGUGAACCCCAAAAUCCCAAUGCCGACGAAUACCCAUAUAUGGGGAAAUGUAGAGACUUCAAACACUCCAGAGAUGAACACGACGAUUCCAGUGAUUCCGGGUUGGGUGGCACCCACAGGUUGGCCACGGAUAGCAGAAUCGAGAGCAUGAAUACAUCCUCUAAUACGUUAUACGGUACACAUACCCCUGUACCAGGUGGGUCGCCACAUCUUCAAGCCCUUGUCGAUUGAAUAGACCUCGACCAAUAACACAAAGACAGUACAUAAUUUCAUAGAGAAAAUCGGGUCACCAGGAUUGUAAGCGUGAAUUGCUUUUUUCUGACGCAUUCGAUUGAGCUCGUUAAAUGGCGACUGAAGCUUCUAGGGUUAUGAGCUUGCACAAUAAUGUUAUCAGUAAUUAGAACAUUAGGAAUAUAAUAUUGCUAAUACAAACAAAGAAAAAUAUAAUUUUAGACUACGAAUAAGGGGACAAAUUGGUUAAUCACCACUGCCUGCAAGGUGACUACUUGUAGAACUCAGUGUAGUACACGACCAAUAAAAUAUAUAUUAUAAGGC